AUGACAGCAGGAGCUUCUCUGCGCGUAUGUCUCGUCCUCGCUCUCCAGCUGAGAUGCGUCACCCUGCUCGCCAUCCACAGAGGGACGGCAGGGAAACACGAGGGUCCGACAAAGACUGUGAGCGAGAAACUGGACGCGUUGCUCCAUCUGAAGGAUUUACCUCGAGGUCCAGCCUUGGUUCCUCGAAAGAAAGCGCCUCAGUUCAUGUUGGAUUUUUUUAACGCGGUGACAGUGUCCGAUGGGACGCCGAAGAGCCAAAAGGAGCUUCUGGAGGGAAACAUAGUGAGGAGUUUCGAGGAUAAAGGACAUACUGGAGAGAGGUUUCACUUUUUCAACCUGUCGUCUUUUGGGAAAGAGGAGAGAAUGAUUAAAGCCGAGUUUCGCUGGUUCAGAAAGAAACAGAAGUUGUACCUCGGAAAGUCACACGGUCCUCAUUUCUACAAGGUGGAUCUGUAUGAGGUGUUGGACAGCCGAGUGAAACCAUGGAGAGGAAACCUCAUCACCUCCAGACUGGUGCCUCUCUACACACAGGGAUGGGAAGUCUUCAAUGUCACUCAAACGGUGUCGAAAUGGAUCUGCAACAGCCAGGAGAACAACGGCAUCCUGGUGGUGAUAACACUUCCUUCAGGUAACUGGAUGGAGUCUGUGGUUUCUUCAUCUAAGCAGAAGCUGGCAGACACAAAUGCCUACCUGGUCAUAUUCUCAGACGACGGGAGGGCAGGAGCCUCAAAUCAGUCAUACCUGGGACAAGUUCAACCUGCAGCUGCAGCACCUGAGCUCCAGGAGCACAGCAGCAAAAGGCGACGCAGAGCUCCAGAUCUCUUACCCUAUGGUCGCUCCCAGUCCUGUCAGCGCGUUCCCCUCUUCGUUGACUUUGAGGAGAUCGGCUGGUCAGGAUGGAUCAUCUCUCCACUGGGUUACAACGCCUACCACUGCAAAGGCUCCUGUCCGUUCCCACUAGGAGGAAGCCUCAGAGCAACCAACCACGCCACGGUGCGCUCCAUCAUGCAUGCGCUCAAGCUCUCUGUUGACGAAGUGGAAGCACCAUGUUGUGUGCCUGACAGACUCCAGUCCAUCAGUUUGUUAUAUUUUGAUGAUGAGGAGAACGUGGUUUUGAAGCAGUAUGACGACAUGGUGGCAUUGAGCUGUGGUUGUCACUGA